CACUGGAUGAAGAGUUUGUUUUCUCAUUCUUAGGUACUCUUCCACUCAUCAAGAUGGAAAGCUCAGAUUCUAGUGAUAAAGGAAAUAUUGAUCAAUCAGAAGCACAACGUCAGAGUCAGCUAGAUCGGUUAGAUCGAGAAGAAGCUUUCUAUCAGUUUGUAAACAACCUGAGUGAAGAGGACUACAGGCUUAUGAGAGAUAACAAUUUGCUGGGAACACCAGGUGAAAUUACUGAAGAAGAGUUGCUGAGAAGGCUACACCAAGUUAAAGAAGGUCCGCCACAGCAAAACAGUGAUGAGAAUAGAGGUGCAGAGUCCGCAGAAGAUGUUUCAAAUGGAGAUUCUAUAAUAGACUGGCUUAAUUCAGUCCGACAGACUGGAAAUACAACACGAAGCGGGCAGCGAGGAAACCAGUCUUGGAGAGCAGUGAGCCGGACUAACCCGAAUAGUGGUGACUUCAGAUUCAGUUUGGAAAUAAAUGUCAACCGUAAUAAUGGGAACACAAAUCCAGAAACUGAGAAUGAGCCAUCUGUAGAGCCUUCCAGUGGGGAGGAUUUGGAAAAUGGCCAAAGUGACUCUGAAAUUCCAAGGUCUGACUCACCAUCUGUAAGGCAGCCUGGAUCAGAAAGGAGCACUUCAGAGGAGCUAACAACUGAGGAAGUUUCCCCUCCUAGAGGGCAGAGGAGAGCGAGAAGUAGGAGUCCAGAACAGCGGAGAACGCGGGUUAGGACUGAUAGAAGUAGGUCACCUAUUAAUCCAGUGAGUGAAACUCCUCGCAGGUCUCAUCACAAUACAUCAUCUCAAACGCUUGACCGCUCCUCAGUGAAUGAAGCUGAGGGAAGCUCUAGAACUAGGCAGCAUGUGACAUUAAGGCAGCAUACAGUGGGGACUGAGAUGCCAAGUGAAAAUGCGGUUCUGUUUUCAACCCCUGAAACAAGACCUGUUCCUCAAGCAGCAGGCUCUUCAGAAACUAAUGGCACCAGUGAGUCCACAACUCCUGGGCAGAGGCCUCCUACCAUAGUACUUGAUCUUCAGGUCAGAAGAGUUCGUCCAGGAGAAUAUCGGCAAAGAGACAGCAUAGCCAACAGAACUCGGUCCAGGUCCCAGACACCUAACAACACAGUCACUUACGAAAGUGAACGAGGAGGGUUUAGGCGCACGUUUUCACGUUCAGAACGAGCUGGAGUGAGAACUUAUGUCAGUACCAUUAGGAUUCCUAUCCGUAGGAUCUUAAACACAGGCUUGAGUGAGACUACAUCAGUUGCUAUUCAGACUAUGCUAAGGCAGAUAAUGACAGGCUUUGGAGAGCUGAGUUACUUUAUGUAUAGCGAUAGUGAUGCAGAUCCUAGUGGUCCAACUCCAAAUCAGAACGUGGAUGCCUCUGAGCCACAGAAUGGAGCUGGAGGUACUUCAAGCAAUGAAGGUGCAGAUGUUAGCUCAGGGGAGGUGUAUGAAGGUGGUAAUGAAGGUGGCUCAACAUCUGGUGCCAGACGGGAAGGUCGGAACACAAGGGGCUCGGUCACAUUUGAAGAAAGUGGUUCUCUACCAUUCCUUAGCCUAGCACAAUUUUUCCUACUAAACGAAGAUGAUGACGACCAACCAAGAGGACUCACCAAAGAACAAAUUGACAACCUAGCAAUGAGGAAUUUUGGUGAGAGCGAUGCUCUGAAAACCUGUAGUGUGUGUAUUACAGAGUACACAGAAGGCAACAAGCUCCGUAAAUUGCCUUGUUCGCACGAGUAUCAUGUCCACUGCAUUGAUCGCUGGUUAUCAGAAAAUUCCACUUGUCCCAUUUGUCGCAGAGCAGUCUUAGCUUCUGGUAACAGAGAGAGUGUUGUCUAAAUGAGAUCUGAAUUUAUGGCCGAGCAGCUAGUGUGAUAGUGAUGGGCAAAGAAGUCACUUCCUUUAUGGCCACUUUUUGAGUGGUACCUCAAUGUAUAGUAAUGACUUGGAGUAAAUCUUCCCUCAUGAAAGCAUUUUCUCUGGAUUCAAGCUUUUAAAAUUGGAAAAUUUCUUUAAUUGGGGUCUUCAAGAUCUAGUUGGUUUGGGUGUUAAAUUUCACUUGUCCAAAGACAUCUACUCACUUAAAUAUUUUGUUUCUUUGUGAAGAGUAUUAAGUUCUUCCCCUCACCCAGCCCCUGCCAUCCCAGUCCAAUAAACAUUUUGUCCUCAAGAUUGUGCUUAUGAGGAGUUAUUUGAGAAGUCAUCCCAUCUAAGUGUACAUGAGUUGUAGAGGAAUUUUUGCAAGAAAUCCAACUAUCUGAAAAAGUAGGAACUUAAUUGCACACUUGAACAUACUUUUAAUUUUCAUACUGGGUUAAUAUUGGACAUGGCUCUGUAAAUAACACUAAUGUUAGCCCUUUCCCCAUCACUAUGGCACGCUGUAGGAUGAGCUGUUAGCUUAAUUGGGAUAUUUAUCUUGUUGUGGAAAUAUAAGAAUUGCCUAUGCUUGUUUAAAUAAAAAAAAAAAAUCUGUUUUAAAAUUGUAAAGCUUUUUUGUAGAAGCUCAGUACUUUUCCAAUGCACUGUUGUACUAAUGCAUUAAGAAUUAAAAUUGUACCAUGCUUAGAAAUCAAGAAUGCUUUUCAUACAAAACCCACCACAGAGAGCAAACUAAAUACAAGAGAGUGCUUUUGUAACUGUGUACCUGUCAAGAGCAGUGCAUAUCUGUACUAUUUAUGUGAACAGCUACUGUAAUAUAAAAACAGUUGAAUUAGACAUCUUAAUUGCAUUAAAAAACCCCAGAAAUUAAAUGUUAUAAUUGCAGUGUUUUGGCUCAGUAAUGCCACCAAAAAAGACGAUAAAAAUUAGAAACUGUUCUAAUGGCUGGUUAUUUCUUGGUAUGGUUGCUAAUAUGUAAUAAUAUAAACCGGUAUAUACCAGUUCAGUCAGUGACAUAUAUAUGCCCAAUUUUUCUAUCACCUUUUACUUUCAAUUUUCAAGGCAAGUCGGUGUAACUAUUCAGCAGACAAGUAUUGACAGGGUUGGUUGGUUUGGUUUUUUUUAUUCCCCACAAGCUUCAGCUAUGUUAAUAAUAUCUGGAUCUGUUGAGUGAACAUGUUUGUAGCCUGUGACUUACAUGUCACAGAAAAAUAACUUAAAUAUUAACUGGAAAACAGGUUAUGAGUGUGUUAGGUAAAAUUUGAAAAUUAUAAUUGAUUGUGGGAGUGCACUUAAAUGUGUAGCAAAUUCUAAGAAUAGAAUAACUUCAAAAAAACAAACUUCAUACUCCUACUGGACAGAUUAAAAUGUACCUCAUCAGUCAGGGGAAAACAUCCUUCACCCUUAAUGACCCCUUCUUUGUUUUAUACUCUAAUGAUUAUAUUUUUUUUUUCCUAGCUUACAUUGUAAGAGGGAAAGCAGUAUUUAUUUCAACUCCAGGGCAGUAGUUAUGAAGUGAUAUGAACUGCUCUUGCUGGCUAUAUGGGAAAUGUUGCUUGUUCCUCAGAUGACAACACCAAAGCUGGCCUAUCUCUUUCCUAAUUAAAAACAUUUUUGAUGUUUUAUAGUGGUGGUUGCAUAAACUAUAAUAUCAGCGCUAAGCCAUUUUACCAUCUCAUCAGCUACUUAAGGAUUUCACGAUGUCCCAAAAUUCCAAAUUUUUUCUACGUGUGUUUUGCAGUGUUUGGUCAGUGGGAAACCCUGACUGGCUAUUGAGCUUGGGACACACCAUUGUGGCAGAGGGGUUAUGUGUAUUCUUUAUGAACAGAAAAAUAAGAUAAUAUUUUUAAAUUUUGUCCUCUGACAUCCAUCACUGUAAAAUCGGAAGUUAGCUGUUAAUUUUGGGUGCUGGACUGCCAAAAUUUCCUCAACAAAAUAACACUUCUGAAUUAACUCCAGUAGCAUUCACAUAGGAAAUACAUGCUAUCAGUUUCAGCUUCCUGUAGCUUUAUGACUUUCUGGAGCAUAGAAUUAGAAGAAAAAAGCCCUAUUUAUGUGAAUACCAUGUUAGAUUUUAAAACUCUGAUGGACAUCUCUGAGGACUAAGGCUGUUGACCAGAAAGAAAGGAGCCCACUAGUGCUGAUUAAUGUGAAGCACAGCUGUGAUACUGUCAUUCAGCAUAGCUUUCUUUUUAAUGUUCUGAGUUUCCAGUAACUGUUUGCGUUGGUAGAAUCAACUUUACAGCUUUAUAAUAGUUUAAUAGUGGCAUGCCUUAACAUUUUAUCUUUCUGUAACAAUAGCAACUAAUAAAAUGUUGGAGGUUUCCCUAAUGAUACCAAGAACAAAUAAUUGAACCUCGGUUCAGAAGACCUUAAAUGUUCUCAGUAUUUUAUAUACAUUUUCCAACACUAAAGGUGCUUGGGGAUUUGUCUGAUGUCUGGAGGAGUUGGCAGAAAUUAAAUUGCUGAUAUAGCAAAUUCAUUUUCUUUAUGUAGCUGACUCAUGUCAGCCACUGUGGUAAUUCAAUUUCUAUUCUUUUAGAUUGGGAUUAGGAAAAGCCAAUAUUAACACUUCAGGUGCUAACAAAAUAUGAAAGAUUCUAAUUUAACAAGGUUCAUGGUUAGCUUAACUAAGUUUAUGAAUCAUUUUGCAUUUGUACCUGGCACUUCCCUCACUUUAUCCUUUCUUGGUGUUACAGGAGGGAUAUGGCCGCUUGACUCAUGUAUGCUUAUAGCCAUAUGAAGGGUUAAAGUGGCUAUCUUUGUCAUUUUCAAAGGCCUGAUUGUGCAGAAAUGAGGAGUCUGAAGAGGCAGACAGCCUUGCUGCAGCAGCUGCCUGGUUCACAGUGCCACCGUGUGGGAGCCUCUCUCGGCCUCCUUCAAAACCAGGGUCACUGUCUCCUCGCUCAGAGCAGCGUGGUUCCUUUUGCAUUGAAGGCUAUCACUUUAUUUUUGAAGGAGGUUCCUUGUUACUGGCCGCCUCAGUAGUUACCGUGGUUUUUAAAAACUGCAAACCACCCAGGCUCCUGGUGUGAGUAUGUAUCUGACAUGUGAGUUUAAUUCCUUUCUGACAGGACAGACCUGUACCUGCAGGACCUUCAUACACAGCAAUUAAAGCAGUCACGAGGCCAAAACCUAGAUGAACGCACAGUGUUUUCUAUUUAAGAGUGUGUUUGAUAGUUUUACUCAGAUUGUGGACUGUCACAAAAUUGUGGGUGUUUGCCUUUUUUUUAAUCUGGGUUUUAUCUGUUAAAAGACUGAAGAGUUAUUCCUGGGGUUUCUUAGAUUUCCCUUCCACGUGCACUUUUUUAUUUCUUUGAACAAGUUGGGUUUUUUGCAAAGAACUGUGGGCAGUUAAUUGACUUGUUUUUAAAAUUAUUUGAUUAGUGUAGGUACUGCAUGCAUAGGAAUUACUCAAUAAAAGUUGAAAGGCGUUUUGUAAGAAGUACUGAUGGGCAGGCACAGCAGCUGCACUGACAUGAUACUGUACCAGUUUUGAAGGAGCCAUAAUUGUCCAUUGUGUCAACUUGCAAACGAAUGGAUUUCCCACCAAAGUUGCCACAAUGGACCAUAAUGACUGUCAUUCCAGUUUCCUGUCACUUGUCUGGAUUAUGCAAAUGUGAAGAGUCCACAGGACUCUUUCCCUGGUAUAUCUGCAGUCCAUGUUUAUUUGCAAUGGGUGCCUACAUAAAGAGGAGGUUCCCAGUGGUCUCGUAAUAAUGAGGGUCUAAUGAGAAGAUGAGAAAAGAAAUGCUGUCAAGGCUGACCAGCAGUCUCUGACUUCUAGCAGUGCAAUGAGGGGUUUUCUGAAUCUCCCAGUGUGAUCUUCACCAUCACACUGCAAUACAAAGUUUCUUCCAGCUUUGCCAGUUUAGUCGCAACCUUAUCUUUAAUUUGGGAUCCUUUUCAUUAAUAUGUACAUUCGUGUAACUGAUGUCUUGGUUUUCUCACCGGUUAUCCUUGCUCCUACUGUGGGGGCUCGCGUUGCUUGUGUAAGGGUAUGUAAGCAAGUGUGGGGCUGAUGAGGUACGCUGUUGUGGUGGAAAUGUCUGCCUGCUCCUCUGCCUUCUCCCAGGAGGAGGUGUUUUGGAUGAGGGUUGACCUGGAGCCACAGUAAGGGAAUUUCUAACAAAUUCAGAAAUAUUUCCAACCCUUACAUACAGUAGAUUUUUUGUUUGUUUAUCCUUGACUAGGAAGGGAAGAAGGAGGGUCAAGAAACAGAAUCAAUGGUAAUUUACCCAAAGUACAUAUAAGUUGUGUUGUGUU